CGCCUCCUAUGCUUUACCCAUUAUUCCCCUUGGAGCUUUUUUUCCAGUCCAUAUUAACGCGGAAGUCGGUGACGCACCACUACACUCAGCUGCUCAGCGGGGGCAACGCAAUAAACAAAACGUCGUCAUUCGGAGUCAAACACAGCGGACAGCGUGGGUGAGGUGUCACAGUUCAGACCAUCAUGCCCUUUGCUCUAGCAGCAGCACCGGAAGUGUGUGUGUGAGCGACCCUGGCUGGCUCUGCUGGUAUGAACAUGCCACUGCACCAAAUCUCUGUCAUCCCCCGUGAUGUCACCUCAUCGCGGGUGUCCGGCAGUGGGAAGGCUAAGGACAAGGACAAGCAGAAUGAGAAGCCCCUGGGGCAUUCUGCGAGCCGGUCCAGCAAUAUAUCAAAGGCAGGGAGCCCGACUUCAGUCAACACUCCAUGCAGUUUCUCGAGGACAUCAGUUUCCCCCUCCAGCCAGGACAUCUGCAGCAGCAGUCAGGAUCAGGACUGUCAGAAGCACACUGCAGUGGUUCUGUUGAACUCAAAUGGUAAAAGCUGUCAUGGUUCAGAAGGUAUUUCCGUGGCCACCCUCUGCACGGACGCCCUACCAGCCUCCAAACAGGCCAAACAACGAGACUGGCUCUCCCUGCUCCACCCAUCCUCCGCAAACCUCCGCCCAAGCGGCUCGCUCAAGUUUUCUAUGUCUCUAAACGACGUGGGCCAACGUGUGGACAGUCUUUGUCGCGGCCUGCACUUCAUAGACCGAACCUGCUCCGAGGGGGAGCUGGAGACCAAGCCAGAGCCUGCCAUGCCACCAUGCGCGGAGCGAAGGGCACACACACUCAACGGCAAGCUCGCUGCAGCCCCCACACACCAGAACCCCCACCUCGUCCCCUCCUUUACAAAUAACUACAAAUACAUGUUGGGCGUCCCUCCCAUCAACUGUCCCCCACAUGACCCGGUCACCAUCGCCCCUCCUCCUCCUCCUCCUCCUCCUCCUCCUCCUCCUCCUCUUUCCAACAACCACCUCCACCCUCAUCACUCCCCGAGUGCCAACUUCCUGCGUCUCCUUCUUCCCUUCUCUCGAUCCUCCACCUCGGCCAGCCUGCACUGCUCCGAGCUGGGCAGCAACGACUCCCACAUCCACUUCAAGUCCUCCCCGCUGGAAGGCAGUGAGUUAGGGUUCCACGUGGAGGAUCUGCUGGGGGAUGACGAUGUGUUUGAGGAGGACCGGAACAGCCUAGCUCCAAGGGGAACAUGCCAGCUGGGCACCCCAUUAACAGUCACCGUGGAUGGGUCUGGUUCUCUUCUAGCCCCCCUGUGUUUUAUGGACCCAGACAGCGACUUGGACUGCUGCCCGUCCCCCUUGUCAGAGAGAAAUAGGCCACUGUCACCGUAUUCGCUUUCUGGAGACUGGUGCAGGAUUUGUCACUGUGAAGGUGACGAGGAGAGUCCUCUGAUCACACCAUGCCACUGCACGGGGAGCCUGCGCUUCGUCCACCAGUCCUGCCUGCAGCAGUGGAUAAAGAGCUCCGACACGCGCUGCUGUGAGCUCUGUAAAUAUGAGUUCAUCAUGGAGACCAAGCUCAAACCGCUGCGCAAGUGGGAGAAGCUACAGAUGACGGCGAGCGAGAGGAGGAAGAUUAUGUGCUCCGUCACCUUCCACGUCAUCGCCAUCACCUGCGUGGUGUGGUCGCUCUACGUGCUCAUCGACAGAACAGCGGAGGAAAUCAAACAAGCCGGAAGAAUCCCAGGGAUCCUGGAAUGGCCUUUCUGGACCAAGCUGGUGGUGGUGGCCAUCGGCUUCACGGGGGGGCUGGUGUUCAUGUACGUCCAGUGCAAAGUCUACAUCCAUCUAUGGAGGAGACUCAAGGCGUACAACCGGGUCAUCUACGUGCAGAAUCGCCCCGACACGUGUAAAAAGCUGGCGCUGGAGAAGCCCCCCCUCAUGGAGCCCAGUCUGGAGAGCAAGGAGGCUCUGGCUCCAACCCAGUCGGACACAAACUCCUCCCAGUACACAGAGACAGAGGACUACAGUAUGGAGGUGCUCCACGUCUGACCACUGCUACACCACACACACAAACAGGCCCGCAGUGAAGAGCAGCAUCGUAGAAAUGCUCGGUUUCUGAGGAACGACCACACACUCCCUUUCCUCUGACCCCAGACUGACCUCCUGUCCUAUUCUGGCCAUCUUAUAUUCCUAAAACUCCAUCAACAAAGAAGGCUAGACCACAUCUGUCUUCUUCUGUCCACAUUCCUCCGCUCAGACUUUAUCCCUCACUCCUCCUUCACCAUGAAUCCACACUCCCACCUGUCUCCUUUCCCAGGACUGAACUGGUUUUACUGACUUCUGUAAAUGUAUGAAAAGGCCUGGAGCAUAUAACUCUCCACACACACACACACACACACAUUAUUACAUGUAGACCUAUGUGCGAGCAGGACUGAGACAAAGAGACUCACAAACGGCUCAUGAGGUUUACACAUCUCUGAUGCGUGGUUUUCUUCGUGGGUUUGUUGGAUUUGUUCGUUUUUACCUCCCGUGAGUGUUGGGCUAACCUCCCGUGGAUCAGUAUGUAGCGCCACGCAUCGGAUCUCUGGAACUUUCCAGCUACUGCCAUCUGUGUCGCUGUGGUCUGUCGGCUCCGAGCAGGCCUUGAUCUGGACAUGCAUCGAAGCACUUGUUUUUUUUUUAGUUCCCAAAACAAACCCCCUCCCUUCUUCUCGCUCUUUUCUGUCUUUGAUAUGAAUUAAGUCUUACUGUAUAUGUUGUACAUGGGGGAAAGCACAUUCAAACUCCUGUUUUAUUUAACAUUUCCUCAUACACACAUACAGUAUACAUGUAUAUUAACCUCCCAUGGAUGACAAAAAAGGAAUUGGGGGUUGAGUGUUUUAGUCAAAAUAGACAAUAUGAGUUAUGAGUCAGGCUCAAAGCUCUAAUGCAGAUAAUGGAAAAUCCAGCCACAUCACUUCUUUACCCCAACACAACUUUCUGAAGGCUUUGAGAAUGUAAACUUUUUUUUAAAUGAUAAAAAAGAAAUGUAUACAAAAAAAUAACAUUUUCUACUGGUCACAGGAAAUUGUGAAAUAAUUUCCAUGUCUUGGGAACAUUACUAAAGCCUUUGGGCAUAAACAGGGCCGCUCAUGUUUUUCUAUCAUGCGGUUGACACAAUAUUUACAGUGUGAUAUUCCAUGUGCAGUUUUUAAUAUGUUCAUUUGUUUGCUUAGUCACGGGAUGUGCCCUGAGAAAUCUGAAGCUGCCUAUUUUCAGUCUGUCCUCACAUCGCUCCCACAGUGUAUCCAUUGUUCCCGAAUAGAUCGAUUUGAUUCAAAAACUGACUCUAACUGUGAGGAGCUUUCAUGACUUACAUAUUUACAAUGAAUUCCUCCAGUUAUGUUCACACUCCUGCACAGAGCUUAUGUUGUGAGGUAAAGCAGCAUUAGCAUUCAUCUCAGACAGCAGGAGUUUCAGUUUCAGCUAAAGUGUCUUCUUUCUUCUUGCCAGACUAAUCAUGGUGGAGUGACCAUUUUAGCCAGCAUGUCGCCUCCCCUUUUUUUGAGCGUUUGCCACAAAUCUGGCCUUAUGUUAUUCAAAUGAGACAAAUGUUUCCAACACAUUUUUUUCAUUUCUAAAAGGAAAUACAUGUUAAAUACUGUAAAUGCGUUAUUUCAGCAUCAAGAAGAUUGUUGCAUCAGUGUCACAUAUUAGGUCGUUUCAUGAACAAACAAUGAGAUUUAUUUGGCAGUAAAAGCAUGCACUCACACAGGGUGCAUCGUCUCUCCUCAGUGAGCUGCAGCACCGCCUGCUGGUGAGUGGCUGUACGUGCAGUCUGAGCUAGGCAGCAGAUGAUUUCUCUGGCCGAUGUGUUUUGGGCUUACACUCAUUGUAAGUGCUUUAGUGUGUAUGUGGGAGCACAGCGAUGCCAGGCUCAUGUUGAGCCUCACAGCCAUUCCAACAACACACACACUUUUAAAAAACUAUCUUUGAUACCAGUAUACUGUCUGUGAACAAUGAUGGUCCAACAACAUACGUGAUAAGUACUGCUCAUUAGCAGCAGCAAUAAAUUAAACCUGCGCUUUGUUUUUUGCAACAAUUCAUACUGUACUUGUGUAUUAUGCCCCACAGUGACUUGAAAUCUGGAGUCUAAUAUAAUUUUAAAUACAUAACAUGAGCCGAGAGAGUUGUUGUGUGUCAAGUUGGAUUAAGAUCUAGUAACGAGAAACUUCUCUGAAACUUCGAUCCCCACGAGGCUCAGUGCAAUUAGACAGAUAAAAAGUGCAAUUACCCUUUUGUUGAUAUUCUAUUCUAUAGUUAUGUAAUGGUGUUUAAUGUCCAGGUUGUCCUCUGGGUAUGAAAUGAUUUUUUCUUCAUUUUGUGUUGUAUUUAUUUUUGAAAAGAAAACAGAGUACAAUUUGUUCAUUAAAAAAAGAAUUCAUUAGUAAUUUUAUGCAACUUACACUAACGGUGUUUUCCCCCAGAACAUCACUUUCACUCUUUGUUAUUCACUUAUAAGCUUAAAAAACAUAGAAGAAAGAUUAAAAAGCUUGGUUGCUCUACGAAAUUAUUUUUAAUUAUGCAGAAAAUAAUCAUUAAAAUGCAGUGCAAAUUUUAAAGUUUCCUGUAUUACAUGAAACGACAUGGAAUAUCUACUUUCCCUGAGAUGGAAGAUUAAUGAAGGAUGUAGAUUGUGCUUCUUUUUUUUUUUGUUCACUUUCUACUCAUAGGAGCUGGCUCCUUACAUGAAGUCUGAGACGGAAGUUUUGAGGCCAUUUUAACAUUUAACAGAAGAUACUUCCUCAGCCUCACUGUACCGGCAAGGUUUCAGUAUUUCUGUCCAAAUGUACCUUACAUCUCCUAAUGUCUGGGAAUAGUGUAACUUGCAUAAAGCUACAUUUGUUUACUACUGACUGGACUUGAACAUAUGAGUGUUCCCCUGUCUUAUGAUAUCAUUCCACAAGUUUGUCUGUGAAUUUACUUUGGAAUAGUAACUGUAAAGGAUUUGGUAAAAGUACUUAUGUUUUUAAAAGAAAUAUUGAUGUGUUUUCAGUUUAAUUUCCCAUUAUUGAACAAAGUAUGUAGAAUUAAAAAGAACAACCAAAUAAAAAUUAAGUACUUUUAA